GAGACUGAGCCUUUCCAGUGCUGACCUGUGCCUCAUCCAAGAGCACAAAGCACAUUCCUGGCAGCAGCAUCCACAUUCCAGAACACAGGCAAGAAGCUCUGAGCCAGCAGCCAGCCAUGGAUGGUCAGGAGAUGCCUUCUCCUUCCAGGACCGACUCCUCCGAGGAGAUCAGCUCAUCCCUGCACCUAACCAAGGGCAUGUCCAUCUUCCUGGAUAUUCUGAGGAGAGCAGAUAAAAAUGAUGAUGGCAAGCUCUCCUUUGAAGAAUUCAAGGCUUACUUUUCUGAUGGCAUUCUCAGUGCUGAUGAAUUAAGUGAGCUUUUCCGCACUAUUGAUACCCACAAAACUGACAACCUGGAUACAGAAGAACUAUACGAUUAUUUUUCACAGCACCUGGGAGAAUAUGAAAGUGUCCUGGCAGCCCUGGAAGACCUAAACCUCUCAAUCCUGAAGGCAAUGGAUAAAACAAAGAAUCAAUAUCAAAACGCCUCAAAACUGGAACAGUUUGUGACACGUUUUUUGUUGAAGGAGACACUCAACCAGCUGCAGUCUCUUCAGAAUUCCUUAGAGUGUGCCAUGGAAACGACUGAGGAGCAAACGCGAUUAGAAAGACAAAUUCCAGCAAAGCCAGAGAUGCUCGCAAUUCCAUGGGGGGGAAAACGAUCCAAUCGGAGGCUUCAGAGGAACAAUAGUUUUUCCCCAAACAGUCCCCAAUUUAACAUGGGCUUGUUAGAGGAAGAUAACCAGUGGAUGACCCAGAUAAACAGACUCCAGAAACUGAUUGACAGACUGGAGAAGAAGGAACUUAAGAUGGAGCCCCUAGAAGAAGAGGUAAUCGAGGGGAACACAACAUCACAUAUAAUGAUUGUUCAGCGCCAAUUAUCUGUGCUAGCGGAGGAAGGAGAAGAAUUCCGCCUGGCACUCAAGCAGUAUGUGGAGUCCGUUUCGGCUCAGACGGGAUGUUUACACGUUGGAGUGCAGAAGUUGUCGAAUGAGUCGCGUUUCAUCGUUUAUGAGUUUUGGGAAAACAAUAACAUUUGGAAGAAUCACCUUCAGACAAAUUACAGCAAGACUUUUCAGAGGAGUAAUGUGGACUUUUUGGAAACUCCAGAAGUCAUGACAACCAUGCUGGUACCCGCUUCAUGGUGGGUCCUCAACAACAACUAGACCUCCAGACCUGCGGUGAUGGUGGCAGCAAAUAUCCAAUUCAUUCUUAAGAGACCAGUACAGCUAUAUAUGUACCGUUGUGUGUCUGGUGAACAUAAAGUAUGUUCUACUCUCUAUACUCCUAUCUCCUGUAUGACUUGCUAUACGUAAUAUCAUACAUGAACCCGUGAUUGUGGGAAAGCAGUCUAUAACAGGCUGAGGACCUCAUUAGGUGCAGGACACCUGCAUUGCACAAGAUUCAUUAGCUCUAGAAACAGCAGCACACAAACAUGGCUUUUCUGUUGGACCACAUCCACAGAUGCCUUCCUUCCUAAUGUACAUUUAGUUUUUCUAGUGAGUCUGUUUUGUGUAUAUAUAAGUUUUUUUUUUUUUUCCAUUACAGCAUUACAUAUAGGCGAUUUAAUGGUCCACAGCCAUAUAAAUAUAGGUCUACAAGUGCAAUAACUUGGGCGCCUUGAUAAAUAACAAACCGGAUAAUUGCACCAAAACAUUCUUUGUAUUCAUUUAUUGCAUCCAAACAUUCUUUUUUCCUUGGGGAGACAGUGCCACUUGUUUACAUUCACAGAAAUUAUUACUUUGUAGAUUUGCACAGUAGCGUCACAAUAACCCCUCUCCAGUACACCAAUGGUGCCCCAUGCCAUCUUGUACUUCAUAUUAUUCUUUCCCUCCCCAGUUACGAAGGAUGGAGGUAAUGUACUUAACUCCUCUCCUUAUGACAAUGCCCCUCCCAGGCCACAAGAGAAGAUGGCAAACAGAGUUGUUAAUACAUCAUUCCUUGUGUCUCUCCACUGGACAGAAUCUCCAUUAUACCCACUCUAAGGUUGGGGCAUGAAGCAGAUUACUUCCUUGUACUUGCCCCAAGUUAGAAUACUUGUUACAAGGGAAGCUAGAGCAGGAGUUGCCCCCCAGAACCAGUUGGACUGGUUAAAACCAGCUCAGCCACAGCCAAGGAAUAUAUAGACUUGUAUCUGCCCAAACCAAAAGUGUAUGCCUUUUACAUAGGAAGCUAGGGCAAAGGAACAGUCACCAAAAGUUCUCGGCCUGGGUCUUUUUGUUUUGGUCACUAAAGACACCAUGUUCAACUACACCCUUGGGUUUUAUCCAUUUUUAAGCAAUUUCAUGAUCAGUUUCACCUUUCCAUGCAUGCCACUCACUAGUCAGUCCCUUGAACAUUCUUGAAAAGUAACCAGCCUUCUAAAAUAGUGCACUCAAAUGACCUUUCUAGAUGACUUUACAGUAAGUGAACUUUUUUUAGGCAAUAAAUGGAAAAUGGUCAACAAACUUUUUCUUGUAGUGUUAGAUUUGUGCUGUAUUUUAGCUAUCAGUUUUAGGGACUGGUUAGUAUCAAAUAAUAUCUCCUGUAUGAGUAGUAAUGUAAGAAUACUGUUGGUUACAUAAAGAUUUCUGUGCAUCGAUCUGCAUUUUUAUAUGUGUAUACUCUGUACAUGUUUUUCAUGUGAAUACUUUGCGUAUAACUAUAUCUAUGGCACAGCAUACAAUUAUUGUUUAAAAUGAGAUAUGUAUUCAAGUAACUGGGACUGGUGACCCUGACCUGAUGGUGUCUCAUGAACAGGAAAUACAUGCCAAUUAUCAUUUACUGAAUUCAAAAAAUAUCUAGCA